AUGGAAUCCAUACCUAUCUAUAAGUUAGAUUCCAAUUGUGUGUUCUCAGCACCAACAAAGCAAAUAUUCGAUUCACAAGGUACUCAAUAUUUUAAUAGAUCAAUAGCAUUUCACAGAAUCCAAUAUUUUAUUUCUAAGUAUACUCAACUAAUUCAAGAGGAAAAUAUACCUCCAACUGACUAUACUUCAAGUAACGACACAAUUAGUGGUGUUUCAAAAAUCAUCAAUGAUCUUAUCAAACUAGUGGAAGAAACUCCACCAUUACCUGGUCCAAGACGCUAUGGUAACUUAUCAUGUCGACAAUGGCACAAAAGAGUUGAUGAUAAUAUUAAUGAAUUGUUUGAAAAAUAUUUAACGAUAUCAAAUACGAAGUUUAACAAAGACCAACUAUUUUUAGAACUAAUAUAUUAUUUUAAUGCAAGCCUCGGAUCUCCUACAAGAUUGGAUUAUGGUACAGGGCAUGAAUUAUCUUUUCUUGCAUUUAUUGGUGCGCUUGAUAUGCUAAAUUUGUUAACAGAUAUUAGUGGUACAGAUAUAUUAUUUAUUUUCAAUGAAUAUUACCGCUUAAUUAGAAAAUUAAUUCUAAAUUACACUUUAGAGCCUGCAGGUUCACAUGGUGUUUGGGGUCUUGAUGAUCAUUUUCAUCUAAUUUACAUAUUUGGUAGUUCUCAAUGGUGCCCAGAAAAUGCUGAUAUGACAGAACCAUCAAUUUCUGAACCCAAAUUUAAGGCACCAAUUAAACCUGUUGAUAUUCUUAAUAAGAAUCUAAUUGAAAAAUUUAAAUCUAGUAACUUCUAUUGCCAGUCAAUAUUAUUUAUUUUAACAGUUAAAACAGGCCCAUUUCCCGAACAUUCCCCAAUUUUAUUUGACAUUGCUAAAAAUGUUCAUAAUUGGAAAAAAGUUAGAUCUGGGCUAUUAAAAAUGUAUAUGGUAGAAGUUUUAAAUAAGUUCCCAGUAGUUCAACACUUCUGGUUUGGAACUGGAUUUUAUCCUUGGAUUAAUAGCUCUACCUUAAUGAAAUUACCAACAUACGAACUCGCACCAGACGAUAAUAAUACGACAUAUACUAUUAAUAAACCCACUGAUUUAUCUAAAUCAGGAAGUAAAAAAACUUUAGAAAAUAUGCUUAAUACAGAUAAAGAAAAAAUUGAUCCAAAUUCAUGCGUAACAACCACAAUUAAUCAUGGUAGUAAUAGAGCCAAGCAACCAACAUUGUCUUCUUCGAAUAUCUCAACAAGAAAACAAGCCAGAAUACCAAAUGAUAUGCUAAGAUCAAGCCAAAUGUCUAGUGAGGGUCCAACAGCUCCAUUGGAAAGAUCAACUAACAUGAUAACCGGAAUGAAUCCUCCAUCUAGUACAUCUAUUAGACAUUCGAUUCUCCGAACGAAUAGAAAUUCUAGGAAUAAUAAUGAUAGAACCAGUAAUAAUUUAAGUAGAUUUAGGAACAAUGCUAAUGAUUCCAAAUAA